CCUACUCAAAUCCCCAUCUCCCCCCGCUCCCCCUCCACCCCGCACCUCCCCACAAACGCGUAUUGCCUCCUACGCCCCCGGAUCCGCUGCUCCACCCCCCAACUCCGUUGCCACACGCCCCUUGCACAAGCGAGCAACCAUGUCGCCGGCGGAGCCGACGCGAGACGAGAGCGUCUACAUGGCGAAGCUUGCGGAGCAGGCCGAGCGCUACGAGGAGAUGGUCGAGUUCAUGGAGCGCGUGGCCAAGGCCACCGGCGGGGCAGGGCCCGGGGAGGAGCUAUCCGUGGAGGAGCGCAACCUGCUCUCUGUGGCUUACAAGAACGUCAUCGGGGCCCGGCGCGCGUCCUGGAGGAUUAUCUCCUCAAUCGAGCAGAAGGAGGAAGGUCGGGGCAACGAGGCGCACGCCGCCACCAUCCGCUCCUACCGCACCAAGAUCGAGGCCGAGCUCGCAAAGAUCUGCGACGGCAUCCUCGCGCUGCUCGAUUCCCAUCUCGUGCCAUCCGCCGGAGCCGCCGAGUCCAAAGUCUUCUAUCUGAAGAUGAAGGGCGACUACCACAGGUACCUUGCAGAGUUUAAGUCUGGUGCGGAGAGGAAGGAAGCCGCCGAGAGCACCAUGAAUGCGUACAAAGCUGCUCAGGAUAUCGCUCUAGCAGAUUUGGCGCCAACCCACCCCAUCAGGCUUGGGCUUGCACUCAACUUCUCUGUGUUCUACUAUGAGAUCUUGAACUCCCCUGACCGCGCCUGCAACCUUGCAAAACAGGCCUUUGAUGAGGCUAUAUCAGAGCUGGACAGCUUAGGCGAGGAAUCCUACAAGGAUAGCACUUUAAUCAUGCAGCUCCUACGUGACAAUUUGACUCUAUGGACAUCCGACACCAAUGAGGAUGACGUUGAUGAGAUAAAGGAAGCCCCAGCUCCAAAAGAAUCGGGAGACGGGCAGUGAGGUGAAUCCAAACAACAGUCUGCAUUGUUGGGGGCGAUGGAAGCCGAUGGUCUUGGUUCUAGUUCAUAAUGUGGUCAUCACUACCGAUGUUUAAUUAUGCACAUAAGAAGUUUCUGGUCUAUGUUUUUCUGGUGCUGAUAAAUGCUGGCUGGAGUCGUGUUUUCUUGUUUAAAUCUGGCCACAAAGCAAAAGACCUGCUCUUUUUCACCAUUAGAAAGUUUGCUAUAUCAACCAUGUUUGACGAGACUUGAUGCAACUAGUACUCCGUACUAUUUUGCUUAAA